AUGUUCCGCUUUUGGAGUUCAGAUUCGAGGGGAAGCGAUAAGACUCUACAAGUUGAACAACCCAUGCUUGAUUUCGGAAAGCCUAUUCAUCCGUGGGUGUCGUCAGAGUCUUCAGUUACUACUACUACUACCAUAUCUUCGCCAACGACUCCGAAGCGGCGCAAGCAGAGCAACGUCGCGAUAGCAUCGCAACAGGCUCCAGCUUCGUCCGCUCGAAAGCGGGCGAGGACAGAUGAUAAUGAUGAAGGCGAUCGCGCAAAGGCGCAUAAGAAGGUGGCCUUGUCGGUAGAGAAAGGUGAAAGGGAUGUGCCGCAGGCUGUGUCGUGUGAACCCGACAUGGAUCGUGCUAGAGAUAUUAUCGAGGAACAGUUCAGCCUUGAGAUUCUACUCAAGCACGACGAGCUACGGUUGAUUAAUCAAGAACUUGCCAAAUGCCAGGUGGCUUUGGAGCAACUGCGCAGGUGUCAUCUAAUACCGUAUCCACAGAAUGUUCCCACGCCGGAACAAAUGGUGAAUAUCAUGAACGGAUCAGGCGCGGCCUUGCGACCGAAGUCAGGCGAACAGUUGCCUCAGUGGGCACCACCUUUUGGCGUUACUGAUGGUCCGUAUGCGCGGCACUACGCCAAGUGGCUCAUUCCUGACCCUAAGUUCGACGGCAUCCACCCCGUGGCUCCUGCUCAGACCGAGACUUCACGAUUCAGAACAUCGGUGGAUGGUAGAUCGACAAGAAAUAGUUUCACCGAGUCAAGCGCGUCUCAAGGUAGAGGACGGCCCGUGAGGGGAUCCGCAGGACAAAAACUCCAGGCCCUAUCCAGUGGUUAUCCACCUCCUAAAGACAAGAGCGGCCCUUGCGUCUUGAAGCGAUCCGACGGAAAGACUGUGAAGCUUGUUUGCAUAGAUUGUCAUCGCGAGAAUUUCUCAAGUACACAGGGGUUCAUCAACCAUUGUCGCAUAGCACAUAAGAGGGAUUUCAAGAGUCAUGAAGAAGCUGCGGUGCACUGUGGCCAUCCCAUUGAGGUCGCUGACUCUGGGGGUAUUGUAGGAGAAGAGAAAUCUGUCAGCCAAACCGCUCCCCCGUCCGGCCUUGUCCACCCUUUCGUCCGAGAGAAUGCUAUGUCCGAAUCCGAGGCUUGCUUCUCUGUUGUGCGUCGUAUUGAAGAAUCAUUGGAGAUGUAUCGCCGGGGCCAGUUGCCUGGCGUUUCCUCGAUCCCAGGCGCUGCUGGAAGCUCUCAGAGAGCUCCCACUAACGCUGCGCAACAGUCGAACUUCUCUCCUUCGGCUGACUCCCCACAUCUCUCCCGUCUGCUUCAAAGCAGAGGUUUCAAUGGCAACCUAGGCACUCUCAUCAGUGAAUCUAAGGCUAAGGUAGACUUAGACCAAUUCUUUUCCCCCGAAGAUGAGUCGUCAGAUGAAGUUGAUCUAGGUGGUAAUGGCAACGUUCGUGGUACCGGAACUGUGGCCCCGUCCCUCGUGCGGGUUCCUGCGAGGGCAACGAUGUCGCCCGCUCUUGCUACGACUCGACCUACCAGUAGCAAAGGCCAUCCGCUUGUGCCAUAUGCUACCCCUGUACCAACACCCGCCCCACGAGUCACAUCAGGCCCCGAGCCGGAGAUGAUCGUAGAUGACGACAUGUUGGACGUGGAUUUGAGUCCUCAUACUGCCGUCAGCAACAAUGCGCCAUCACUUGUUAGUGACGAUGGCGAAUACGAUGAUUCAGAAGCCGAUUCCGAGGUCGAAUCUGAAGUGAACGACAGCAUUGGAGCGCAGUCCAUCUCGGAUGUUGACGAGAUUGACAUCGACGACGAUCACAGCGGUGCACGCUCUAUUAGACAUCACCGUGGCUCCACUGGCGCUGGAGCUGGGACGACGGUACGCCUACGUAAGGAUGAUUCCAAACACGUAACUUUUGUGAGUCCUAUCAAGGGCAACGGGAACGACAACCAGCGACGAGGAGGUCGAAGAUAG